AUGGCAGAGUAUGGAAAGACAGGAUUCCCAGACUUCUCAGAGUCCUCUCCAGCUGCUGCUCCAUGCAUAUCGCCGCCACCAGGCCAUGUCAACUUCGACGUCGAGUCCGGGCAGCCUCGCCCUCCCACAGAUAACGAUGGAUAUGGAAGUGGAAAUGGACGUGGACCCCUCCGCAAGAGCUCCUCUACACAGUCGGAUCCUGAAAUUAGCCUCAAUCACCCGCCGUCGAUGUCGCGCAGACGCAAUCGAACCAACACUGCGAAAUCCGCCAUCGACUUUAUGCCCCUCCGACCACAGUGGCAAGCCGGCCAAGAGCCAGGACUCGAUCCUUCGAAGCCGAAUGGCGGCAGGGCACAAUUACCAACGUUCCACGAAGAUUGCCAGAUCACAGUGGUAGACAUUAGCGAAGACGAAAUAUACCAUUUUGAAUUCAACAACGCCCAGCUCAUCCAGUUUCUACACGAAAAGCAGGAGCCUUGGGUCAAGUGUAGAUGGAUCAACGUGAAUGGCCUGAGCUGGGACGUAAUACAAGCUUUGGGGCAGUACAAAAAGCUGCAUCGAUUGGCCAUGGAGGAUCUGAUAAACACGAGCAACAGGACGAAGGCAGACUGGUACUCUGACCACACCUACAUGGUUCUCACUCUCCAAAAGCUCAUACACAUGCACCGCGAUGCGGAAGACAGCGACUCUGACGAUGGCGACACGGAUAGCAUUAGGAGACCCAAGCGGGGCCGUUUGUCCAAGUUCGCGCACAAUUUGCUUUCUGGAUCAAAUCCUAAAAAGAAAUACAACGAGAAGAAUAUGGUAGCAGGCGUGCACAAUCCAGCCAAUAGCUUCGUUACUGGUCAUACAGAGAGUGUUAGUGAGCCACAUCUCCAGAAUUUGAAGACACUGCAAAGAUACCACGGGGGCCCCAACAAAGAACGUAUGGAGUUCAUGGAAAAGCACUCCCCUUUGACAUCUCGAAAGCUCGCUGUGAGCGCAGAACAGGUAUCGAUAUUCUUGACUAAUGAUAACACGGUCAUAUCAUUCUUCGAGUCUUCUGCUGAUGACAUCGAAUCGCCUAUUCUGGAGCGACUAAGGACACCAGAUACGAUCUUGAGGCGCAGCUGUGAUGCAUCAAUGAUUGUACAGGCAAUACUCGACGCUAUCAUUGAUCUUGCGAUCCCGAUAGCUACAGCUUACCAAGACGUCAUUGGCGACUUAGAACUAGACGUCUUGACUAAGCCAGAGCUCAAGCAUACCACAUCAUUGUAUGUCGUAACAAGCGAGAUUUUCACGUUUCGGAGCCUUGUGAACCCGAUCGUAAACUUGAUAAAUGCGUUGCGCGACCACAAAAGCGUGACACUGCCAGUCCCUAACGCUGGUCCCCGGGCGCUAUCAUCGAGUACUACGACUUCAGUCAAAAUGAGCCCAAUGGCCCAGACAUAUCUAGGAGAUGUGGAAGAUCACAUCAUUCUCAUCACAGAGUCGCUCGAUCAAAUGCGACGGUCUUGCGAUAACAUGAUCGACCUUAUAUUCAACACCAUGUCUGCUCUCCAGAACGAGACACUGCAACAGCUCACAAACAUCACAAUUCUCUUCCUCCCAAUGACGUUCUUGACUGGCUACUUUGGAAUGAACAUCGAGCCUUUCCCAGCCCUUGAGCAUGGCACCAGCUAUUUCUGGAAGAUUGCGGUCCCGGUCGCCAUUGUCACCUCCAUGUUUCUAAUGCGAAGCAGCUUAAUGCGGUGGGGUUCGAAGGUUAUCCAACGACGAGGCAUCACGAGACGGAGGAAAGGGCGGUUAGAGAGGGAGACUGAGGCUCACAGAGCCGCUGAAGCGAAGAGACGAUCAUGA